AGAAGACAAUGAGAGAAACAGAGUGAGCAGAGAGAGAGAGAGAGAGAGAGAGAGAGUUAUGGAGGUGUGCUCAGUCAUCUUUAGGGUUUGAUCCAACUUUAACAGAAAACCCUAAAGUAAAAGAGAAUUGGGUUCACUUCUCUCUUUUGUCUCUGCUUGAAAUCUCCACAUUUUUCUCUUCUGGGUCUUCAACAUUUCCUUUCAAAAGCCUCCUAAUCAAUGGCAUUGUUUGGUGUCUUCAAUGCUGAAUCUUCUCUUUCCUCAUCUGAGGUUGGUUCAAUUUUGCUUUUCAUUACAUUGUUUUGAUCUGUGAUCAUGUGUUUCCAAGUUUUUGACAUCUGGGUCUGUGUUACAUGCCAAAAAUAGGCUUUGAAUAGUGAUAUUUUGAUGUCAAGAGGUUUUUGUGAGCUAAAAUCAUGGAUGGUAGUGAAGGACUACUGUGCAUUGCAAUUGUUUUGUAUCUCAUCAGUGUGGCUUUUAGUACCACAGACCCUAAUGAUGCUAAAGUUCUGAGUGAUUUCAGAAAAGGGUUGCAAAACCCAGAGCUCCUGAAAUGGCCAAACAAUGGAAAUGACCCUUGUGGCCCUCCCGCAUGGCCUCAUGUGUUCUGCUCUAAUGGCAGAGUCACACAAAUUCAGGUUGCUAAUUUGGGUCUAAAUGGUACCCUUCCUCAGAACUUCAACCAGCUCACAAAGCUCUACAAUUUGGGGCUUCAAAAGAACAAUUUUACUGGAAAUUUGCCCACUUUCAGUGGAUUGUCUGAACUCCAAUUCGCUUACGUCGAUUUCAAUGAAUUCGAUUCCAUCCCCACGGAUUUCUUCCAUGGGCUUAGUAGUGUUCGUGUCCUCGCUUUGGAUUUUAACCCGUUUAAUGCCACGACUGGGUGGUCUAUACCCGAUGAGUUGCAGAAUUCAGUUCAAUUGACAAAUUUUUCAUGUUCAAGUUGCAAUAUCGUUGGAACCUUACCGGACUUUUUUGGGAAGUUUUCGUCUCUCAGUUCUUUGAGACUUUCCUAUAACAGAUUAUCCGGUGUCAUUCCCGCGAGUUUCCAUGACUCAAUGUUGCAGAUUUUGUGGUUGAAUGAUCAAGAUGGCGGUGGAAUGACUGGUUCAAUUGAUGUAAUUGCAUCGAUGGUGUCUCUCACACAGGUAUGGCUUCACGGAAAUCAAUUCACUGGAUCCAUUCCAGAUGACAUUGGAGCUCUGACUUCUUUGAAAGAACUCAACCUUAAUAGAAACCUACUAGUGGGUCUGAUUCCACAAAGCAUGGUCACUAUGGAUCUUCAGUUGUUGAAUUUAAACAAUAAUAUGCUAAUGGGUCCAAUCCCAAAGUUCAGAUCCGGUAAUGUAACAUUCUCUUCAAAUUCAUUUUGCCAAACUAGUCCUGGGUUGCAAUGUGCUCCUCAAGUUAACGCGCUUUUAGAUUUCCUCCAUGCUUUGAAUUACCCAUCAAAUCUUGCUUCACAGUGGUCUGGUAAUGACCCAUGUAAAGGACCAUGGUUGGGGUUGAGUUGUAAUCCAGAGGGUGUGGUUUCUAUUGUAAAUUUGCAGAAGCAAAGGCUUAAUGGUACUCUGAGUCCUUCACUUGCAAACCUAAGUUCGCUGAUCGAAGUUCAUCUUGGAGGAAACAAUAUAAGUGGUCAAGUCCCCACAAAUUUAACUGAAUUGAGAUCAUUGAGAUUGUUGGAUAUAAGUGGGAACAAUUUUCAGCCUCCAUUACCCAAUUUCACUGACAGUGUUAAGGUCAUUACAGAUGGCAAUCCUCUAUUGGUUGCUAAUCGGGCAGAGGGACCUCCCUCACCAAUUAGCAUCCCAUCCCCUUACUCACAAUCACCAUCAAACAACUCAUUGCCUAGAACUUCUCAAUCACCAUCUUCAAAUGGCCCGCCUUCCUCAUCUAAACCCAAACCAGGAAACUAUAAAAGAUCCAAAGUAAUUGCCAUUGUGGCUGCAGCCUCAGGUUCUACAAUUAUGUUUCUUCUGUUGGUUAUUUUUUCUCUGUACAACGUCAAGAAAAGGAAAAACAAUGUAGCAACUACUCCAAGUGCAAUUGUGGUCCACCCUAGAGACCCGUCUGAUCCUGAUAACGUAGUUAAAAUUGCAGUCUCUAAUAACACCUCAAGAAGCUUAGAAUCCGAAUGUCCAAUUGGUACCAGAGUGGAAAAUGCUCAUGUGAUCGAGACUGGAAACUUGAUCAUUUCAGUUCAGGUUCUUCGAAAGGUUACUAACAAUUUUGCACCAGAAAAUGAGCUUGGCCGUGGUGGUUUUGGUGCGGUUUACAAGGGUGAGCUCGAAGAUGGGACUAAAAUUGCAGUUAAGAGAAUGGAAGCCGGGGUGAUUAGUAGCCAAGGUUUGGAUGAAUUUCGGGCUGAAAUUGCGGUUCUGUCUAUGGUCCGACACCGUCAUUUGGUGUCUCUUUUGGGCUACUCCAUUCAAGGCAAUGAGAGGCUUUUGGUUUAUGAAUAUAUGCCUCAGGGGGCUCUAAGUAGGCAUCUUUUUCGUUGGGAAAACUUGAAUUUGGAGCCUCUGUCUUGGACGAGGAGGCUUAAUAUUGCUUUAGAUGUUGCUAGAGGGAUGGAGUAUCUUCACACUCUGGCACACCAAAGUUUCAUUCACCGUGAUCUCAAAUCUUCGAAUAUUCUUCUGGGUGAUGACUUUAGAGCAAAAGUUUCUGAUUUUGGGUUAGUGAAACUUGCUCCUGAUAGAGAGAAGUCUGUUGCAACAAGGCUUGCUGGAACAUUUGGAUACCUUGCACCUGAAUAUGCUGUGACAGGAAAAAUUACAACCAAAGCCGAUGUGUUCAGCUAUGGAGUGGUGCUGAUGGAACUUUUGACAGGACUAGUGGCACUUGAUGAGCAGCGUUCUGAGGAGAACCGAUACUUGGCUGAGUGGUUCUGGCAAAUAAAGGCAAACCGAGAAAAGCUAAUUUCAGCCAUCGACCCAUCUCUUGAAGCCAAAGAGGAGAUUUUCGAUAGCAUCUACGCCAUAGCUGAACUGGCCGGGCAUUGCACUGCUAGAGAUCCAAACCAUAGGCCCGAUAUGGGACACGCAGUCAACAUGUUAGCUCCACUGGUUGAGAAAUGGAAACCAUUCAAUGGAGAAACAGAGGAAUAUUCUGGAAUUGAUUACAAUCUACCUCUUCCUGAGAUGUUGAAAGGAUGGCAAGAAGCAGAAACCAAGAAUUUCAGCAGCACGAGUCUCGAGGACAGCAAGGGAAGUAUACCGGCAAGGCCAGCUGGAUUCGCGGAGUCCUUCACUUCUGCUGAUGCGCGGUGAGUGAAGGUAGGCUUUUCAUUUGAUGAGCUGUUUGUAUUUUUCCAUGUUUGUGCUUUUGUUCUGUGAUUUGAGGACAAAAUAUGAGUUUUUUGUUUCUAAUUUGUAUAUGGUGAAUACAACCUUAAAGAUUUCAGAAGUGCUCAAAACAAUAUAGUAUUUGCUUUGAGCUGUGAAAGUUUUCAGAUGUGAUCAUCUAUGUAUCGGAAGAAGGUAUUGUUGAUGCCUAUUUUUUUUCCCUUGAUUUGUGCUUGUUUAUUAUUCUAGAGUCUGAUUUUGUUAUCUUCUA